ACAUAAACUUUCCUUUUCACGAAGUCAAUUAUUUCAUAUUAAUUAGUUAAAAAUAUUUUAAGAUAUGGUAAUUAAUUAUGGGGAUGGACCAGGUUGCUUUCAGUUCUAAGCCAACUCGUUACGCCUAAUUAAAUUAAAAAUCCCUUACUUGGCAAGUCAUGUCGUACACCACCCGUUCUCUCCAACCUUUUUAUGUUGCCAUUUGUACCCUGAGGUUCACAAUUAAUUACGAUUUACUAUGGCAACAUAAAUCUUUUUCCUUUUUGUUUUUAAAAGGGAUUAGUAUUCAUUAUUUGUUUUCUUUUAACAAAAAAUUUGGACUAUUUUUCGAUUUGAACAAAAAAAAAAGAUUAAUAUUUCAUUAUUUGUUGCACUGAUUUCUACAUUAUCGAAGAGAAUAUGUUUUAUAUUUCCUUAUUCAUUUUGUUUGGAAAAUGAGUUGGAGGACUCAAUCGAGAAUAAUUUAUCCGUCGGAACAAUGUUACUUUUGGACUGGCUAAGAUAAAGCUCGUCUUUGUUUGAUAAAGUAAAUGAAAACUUAAAAAGAAAAUGUAUAGAUACCAUUAGGUACCAUAUUACAAGUCCCUAGGAAGAUUCUACUAACUGCUAGUUGUUACCGCCCCAGUGCACUUCAUAGUAAUAUGCAGCCCUUGUUGAAAGUCUUUCGAAUAUUGCACCGACUAUUGGUGGAAUGUGAGGCCUAGAGGAGAGUGUGGGUGCCAGAAUCAAAAUGGUGAAAGUCAAAAUAUUACAAUAAAUUUAAUCAGCAGCCUUGGAUUAGUGGUACUUGAAGGGAAAUCCCCCGAUACGGUAUCCGCAGUUCGAGUCCCGCUGGCCAUCCGGGCUAGCGUUAAAUUGCAAGAAUACGUGGAGUGCCGUGGGUUUCGCGGGAAUAGUCGGUUGACCACGGUCGCCGGAAACCCGCGGUUAAUAAAAAAAAAAAUUACAAUAAACCAGCUAGUGCAUACAAUAAUUUUUUUCUAACGGGGAAUAUAUGGUAAUAUAUAUUACCUAGACCUAGUUAAAGUAGUUAAUUUGAUGUUAGUUUUCGUGGUGAGUCCGGCCAGAUCAUGAAUUUCAACAACAGCUGCAGAGAAAAAACUAAGUAGCUGCUUUGAUUAUCUGAAAAACUUUCUCUAAUUGGAUAUCUAAGUUAGAGAAAUUGAAACAUUGAUUUAGGGCAUCUUCUUAAACAUAAGAUUUAAAGGCCAUGUUUACAAAAAUAUGAUUUUAUUUAAUGGUUUAUUUGUAAAGACACUAAUAAGUUUUUCUAUUUAGUCCUAAAUUAUUGAUAACUGUUGGAACUUGAUUUCUAUAUUUACAGUUUAAACUUUUAAAUAAACUAUUUCAAAUACCUGUAUUUACAGAAUAUUAGAAUUCUCUCAUUUUUUGUUUCUUUAUUUGUUUUCUGUUAUUGUUCCCUUUUAUAAGGUAAACAUUUGUGAAAAUAUAUUUUUGAUUCUAAGCCCUUAUUAAUAUCUUGAGAAUUACUUUUCUUCAUCUAUUAUUAUUUAUUAUAAACUGUAUAACAGAUUUAUGAUAUAAACUAAAAUUAUUUACAUCAAAUAUUUGUUGUAGUUUAAUUUAAAAGUUAAAUAUAAAAUAAUAAAAAUCAUUACUAGUAAAUUUUCUAUCAGAAUUUCAUUUCACAAAAAAUAUAUUUUCAUAUUAUUCCUUGUAAAACCUUUUUUAUAAAGUAUAAUUAUCACUUUUGUUUAGCCUAUGGCAUCAAAAACACUAAGCUCUAUAUAUUUACAAUAUAAUGAUAUAUCAUGAAAAUGUCACCUGCAGCUUUCUACCCUUAAAGACCAAAAACAUUACAGCUCCGAGGCAGUUUGUUUUGUUUCAGAGCAGAUAUGAGUACAAUACAGCCCACUAAUUAAUUUUAAGCCCAUAAAAGAUAAGUCCAAAGAAAGUAACCGAACCAGCAGUAGUUGAGAUGACUCAUUGACGUGCAAAGGAGAAGCGAUAAUGAAGAAAUCCAGAGAUUGGAGAAAUAGAUGAUGAGAUUCCAUGGAGAAUGAUGGAUGAAGAUCAUUACUCUGAUGCAGUUGGGGAACCGGAUAACCAAUUUCAAAAGAAUGGAGGAAUAAAAUCCAGAUUUGAAUCGUCACACGCCCAAGGAGCAGAAGUCACACACCAUGGUUUGAAUCGAGGGAGAAAGUCCAGUAUCCAACUUUUCUGGUAUCCAACUUUUCUGGUCAGCUACACAUCAUUUGACAAAUUGAUGAGAAUAAAAAACACAAAAAUGUUUAUAGAAGAAUUAUACUCCACUCUCGUGAAAAUAAUGUUACAAGAUGCAUAGUUUAUAUAGAGAAUAAAUCAAUCUAAUUUUCUAAACUAAUAUGGAAUAAUAUAUAAUAGAUAAUGAUAAUUUUUCCAAUUUUAAUAUACUGAUAUAUAUCUUAAUAUUGACCGUUGGAUUAUGUCGAUCUUCUAAAUUUGUAAUACCCUCUAUCAAGUAAAUACGUGGUAACACGUAUGAGAUUGGACAAUCUUCAAAAUAUAGUAGUAAAAAUAAUCUAAAAGCUUGUGAAACAACAAUGGGUGUUAAUGUUGUGGAAGCUGGAUGAAUGUCCCAUAGCUUUUUUGCGAUUUCGCGAGUUGAGAUAGAUGAUUUGAUUUUUGGUUUAAUUGUUUGUUUUAUCCAUCCUACAAUGAGUGAUUGUUUGAUGUUCAAUCUUUACGGUAGGAUGAAUCGGCUGCCGAUAGACUGCCAUCAAAAAAUCUAAAUCUUUCGUGAGCUAAUAACUAUACGAAAGUUGAUGAAUGAAUGUUUGAAUUGUUGAAUGAAUUUUCUCCGCUUCAAAUUGAGAAACAAAGAAAUAGAGAAUAAGUUUACUAAUUUGCGAUUUUGUAAAGACAUCAAAACUAUGACUGAAUGAAAAUCUUCUUCUUCAAAUCGUGAAUAAAAAAUUUCUGAAUGAAUCGUUGUUGUUCUGCGAUUUUCGCAAAGCAACACGAGGAAUAAGAUGAAUUUGAGAGAUUAGUUUUGUUCUUACUCUUAUAUCAUGACAAAACGACUGUGAAGUAAAUUCAGAGAAUAUCUUCAGUACUCGUAGUAAUUACUAGAGCUGAUUACGGAUCCAAGCAAAGGGGUUGGUUACAUAGGACAUAAUUUAAGAAACUUGAUACACUUUUUUUUGUGCACAAAACUUGAUACACCUAAAAAAAAAAACUUGAUACACUUUAAAGUUAUUUUUUGUAAACUAAAUAAAAAGUUUUUUUUUUGAAACUUGAUUUAUUUUUUGUAAACUAAAUACACAUCAUAGUUUAUAAUUUUUUUUUUGAAACUUGAUAAACUUUAAAGUUUAUAAGAAAAAAUCAUUUUUGAGCUAUUCUCAUUACUACAGUCGUAUUUUUGAAAGAUGAAAACCAACUAUGUAGUAUCUAAAGAUCACUAAAUUCAGUCUAAGACAAAAAAAAACUUAAAAAGCAAACCGGUUAAUAGAUUCCAAAAUCAACUUAACAGGCCAUGCUAUUUUUAUAGCUUAUGUUCAUCAAAUUAUAAAUCACAAUUAGUGGAACGAGGAUUUUUGCUAAUGUUUUAGAAAUUUUAAAUUUAUUGUUAUUGAUUUAUGAAUAUAACAUUUUUAAUAAAACCUUUUAUGUAUUCUCUUAAAAAAUCCAGCAAUAGUUUAAAAUUUACCUUCAAAUAUAUUUUAUAGUUCUAUGAAAACCUAGUACAUAAAAAUUUGGAAUAAUUUAAAUCACUAAUUUUCAGAAUACUAUUUUGUUCAAUUCAGAAUACUAUAUAUUCUUUGAAAUUUUAAAAUUAUUAUAACAAUUUUUAUUAGUUUUUAAAAAUAAUUUCUCUAAUUUAAUGAACUCUAUACAAACAUAACAAAACUCUAUACACUUUUAACAAAAUUCUCGGCUUAUAAAAUUAGCCAAUUUACUAAAAUCAAAAUUCCAUUAUUCAGUUAUCAUGUAUGAGAUAAAUAAAGAAUUAUUCAGUUAAUAUCACUUUAUCUGGUUUAUUCUCAUAUACAUGGGUAGGUAGAUCAAUUCAUUGUUUGUCAUUAGAAACCUAAAUGAAAUAACAUGCAGUCAUGAAAUAAAGAGGGUAGUUAUAAAUUCACUACCUUAAAAGUUAUUUUUGCAAAUUAGGAUAUAAAUUUACAUUCAAAUUCAAGUUCUUAGUAUUUUUGGCAAAUUAUUCUUAAAAUAACCCACAUCAAAAAUAAGAUCACGCUAUAUAUGAUUAUGGAUUUGUCAUAUUUAUACUAUCGUAUAUGGAUAAUGGUCAGACACAUACAAAAAUAAAAACGUAUUUCAACUAAACAAACAAACUGUAACGAAAAUAGAUGAUACUAAUUAAUUAGUAUAAUAUCACAAAAUAUAUAUGACAGAAAAUAAAAAUCAAAACAUUUUAAAAAUAUAAGAAAAUAAUAAAAUUUAAAUUAGAUAAAUAUAAGUUAUCCGGCACAAAUCCUAAUAAUUAAUAAAGAAAAAAUAAUUUAAACUUUUGCACUAGCUUUAUUUCCAGUCACAUAAAUUUUUGUUGUAUAUUCAAAGUAACACUCAAACCUAAAUCCAUUAAUCUAUAAACUUAGCUCCCCCAUUUAAUUGUAUCUUCAUUUUCAGCAUUUGGAUGAGUUUCUUUAGAUUUCCAUUCAAUGCCCGAACAUCAAAACCACUUAUCCAUGAACCUAUUUCUAACAAUUAAACAAUAACUAAUUAGUUUGCUCUUGUUUCUUUUUAAUUUCCCAACUCCAUUUGCUAGAAGGAUACUUUUAUCCUCAAAAUUCAUCAACAAGAGCAAAAACUAAUCCUUCAACUCAAUUUGUUUGUAUUUGCAAAGAAGAAGCACAAAUUCCCUAUGCUCUCUGUUUUUAGACUAUAUCAACUGAUAUUUCAUUUGCUUUUAGUCGUCAUGAAGCAAUUGUAGGACAUUUCUAGAAUACUCAACGACUAAAGCUAAAUUACUUCACAAGUACAUAGACCAUGUAAAGUCAUAAACGUAUUUAUUAAAUUAUUUUAAGGUCCUACGAAGUCAGCCUACCUCAUGUGUUCGUUCGUAUUAGACCAGCUUAUGUAUUUGUAUUGAACGGCUUUCUAGGCACCAGCUAUCAUGAUAAGAUAAUUCAAAGAUCUUCGUCAUGCAGUAGCUUAUCAUACAUGACAAUUUUGAAUUUGCUCUUUUGACCUUUUUCUUUUGGCGAAGCCAAACUUCUCUUUCCUAUGUAAAAUAUAUAAAAUUAGAAUGAUAUUCGACCAACAAACAAACUAUCCCCUAAUUAAACUAUUGGAAUAUUUGGACUAAUAGUCUUCAAAGAUCAACAGUUUUUCUCUUGAUUCAAUUGGGUCGUACAAAAGAAAUCAAUCUGACAUAUGGAUGUUGCUUCAUGUUUUCCAUCCAAUCCGCCAGAGAAUUUUCGUUCUCUUCACAUCACUGUAUAGCUACGUGAAACUUAAUUUGCUGAUAUUGAUUUCACAUUGAAGUAAUAUUGAGGACACGUUUGAUUUUUUUGUUUUAACUGGCCUUUUCGUGGCGUAGUGUACCCUUCUUUAAAGAAAUCGAUUAUAUAACUACAAUUUCUGUCAUGAGAGUAUUAUAUUCAAAUGCCAAAUAUGUAAAACCGAUUAAAAUCUAUGAACGAAAAGAAAGAAAGUGAAAUAAGCUAUAUUCAGAAUCAUCAACUCAUCUCGUUCACUCAAUCAGUGAAGAAAAUUAACUAAUGUAAUCCAGAUGGUCUGAAGACAAGCGGGCUAAACGAUGGCUUAAAAUCACCUAGCAUAUAUAUUUAGAGCCACCAACGUUUAUUUUCCUUAAUAGUAGUGAAUCGUCUUUUCUUUUAACAAUUAAAACAACAGUUCAUAUUAUUUUUAUAUAUACCAGUUGACUAUGCGUGAUUAUACCAUAUUGAAACUAUUUGAGUUAGUUGAAUAUUUAGAAAUCGAUUUGUUUGCUUGCAUGCAUAAAUUUUCGUUUUAAUGGAUGUGAGAGGUUUACUAAACAAGAGUAGUAAGAAAUUAAUGCAUGAAUAAUUUUUAUUUUAUUAAAAUAAAGCUUUCUGCAAUAUGAAUAAAUUUCAGAUUUCAUUUUUUGUUACUUUAUUUAUUCAUAUCUAUGAGAAAUUUCUAUGAUGUUUUUGGGCAUAAUGUUUUUUUUGUCAUCAAACAAACAGACUCAUACUGCCUCUGUGAACUAAACUGGUAGCUCUGCAUCCAUGUGAACGACGAAAAACGAUUGUUUUCUAGCACUCCGUGCUAGACUAUCCAGCUUUUGAUUUUUGGGCAUAAUGUAGUAACCACCAAAACAAUGUGAAACAUGCAUUCCAAUGUCAACUUGCCACAAACAAAUAUUGAUUUGUAAAUAAAUAUAGUAACGUAUUACCAAUUGGAUUAUAUAAACAAACUAAAGUGUGGCAUGUAGAAAUGUAAGAUAAUUGAAUUGACAUUGUGGUGAUUUGUGUUCUGGUUUAUGUUUUCAUUCUGUAUAAGAAAAAUGAGUAACUAAAAUAUAGUUGUGAUCACGAUUUAAAUAUGGUAUAAUAUGCAUGUCCGUGAAUUGUAAACGAUAACAUAAAAGCGUUAAUAUGAAAUCUGAAUCUAAAAAGUGUUCUUCGAAAAAUGCUUCGCUACAUAAACUUGGUCGGUUCGUACAAAAUAGUCUUGACAAAUUGAAUAAGUUAUAAAUGGAAAUAUGUCUAGCGAACACAAGAAAAAUCUAUUGGAAAGGUGAGAGCUAGCGAUAAAAAAGAAUGUGAAAGGGAAACGAAAGCAUGUUUUAUUGUUUUCAACUAUAGUCAAACAUAUCGUCUCGUUGGCACUAAAAGAACCAGAAGAAAAAACGUGACGACUAACGUGACGUUUCGCAUACCUAUUCAAAAUUCUAAUGCACAUAUUAUCUCACCCUCUCUAUAUAUUAUGCAUCCAAGUUGAUACUUUAGUUUAUAAACGUGGAUCCAACGAAACAAUCAAUCCAACUCAUAUCUUUCUCUUUUUUACAUCUCUCUCGCUCUUGUCUCUCUGAGAAACAAAGAUGGAUAAAUCAUCAAUCCAGUGCUUUUUAUUCAUACUUCUCACCAUCAUUGUCACUUUUAUUUCAUGUUCAAAUGCUCAAAGAGAAGUUGAGGAUGAAAGUGAAUUUAGCUACGAGCAGAACGUAGAGAACGGGCCGGAGAAAUGGGGGAAACUGAAACCGGAAUGGAAAAUGUGCGGAAAAGGAGAGAUGCAAUCUCCCAUUGAUCUUAUGAACGAAAGAGUUAGAAUUGUUUCUCAUCUUGGAAGGCUUACUAGAAACUACAAACCUUGCAAUGCCUCUCUCAAAAAUAGAGGCCAUGACAUGAUGCUGAGAUUUGAAGAAAGGCCAGGAAGUAUUAAGAUCAAUGGUAUUGAAUAUCAACUCCUACAGCUUCAUUGGCAUUCUCCCUCUGAACAUACGAUCAAUGGAAGAAGGUUUGCUCUGGAACUACAUAUGGUUCAUGAAAGCAUUAACGGAAGUAUGGCUGUAGUCACAGUGCUUUACAAAAUUGGAAGAUCAGACUCGUUUCUCACCUUGUUGGAAAAUAAAUUGUCGGCGAUGACAGAUCAAAAUGAGGCAGAGUUUAAUAUAGGAAUGAUUGAUCCAAAGGAGAUUAAGAUAGGGAGCAGAAAAUAUUAUAGAUAUGUUGGAUCACUUACCACUCCUCCGUGUACCCAAAAUAUCACUUGGACCGUCGUCAAAAAGGUAAGGACCGUGGCGAGAAACCAAGUGAGACUACUCCGAGUGGCUGUUCAUGAUGAUUCAAAUACAAACGCAAGGCCGGUUCAACCUACAAAUAAGCGCGUGGUGAAAUUAUACAGACCAAGAUCUUACUGAAUCCGAUACAAUACACUAUAUUAAUUUUAUUUUUACAAUAUUGUUUGUAUGCGAUACUAAAUAAAUGAUGUGUUUCUUAAUUAUAUUUUGGUAUCCCAUCGCAUUCCGUUAUUUUCACGACCUUCUAUUCAAUUUAUUGUUGAUGUUGUUGUAAAAGACCUUAUAUUCAAUAUUAUUCAUAUUAAAAUUACCACUUCA